ACCCCUUCCGGUGCGGGCUCGCGGCUUCCGGCAGGGGGCCCGGCGGCGGGCGGCGGUCCGGCAGCCGCGGGGCCCGGUGGGGGGGGGGGCGCCCAAGAUGGCGGCGGGAGGCUCGGAGGGCGGCUCGGGCCCCGGCGCCGUCAUGGGGGACUGCGCGGAGAUCAAGUCGCAGUUCCGCACCCGCGAGGGCUUCUACAAACUGCUCCCCGGCGACGGCGCCUCUCGCAGGUCGGGGCCGGCUUCUGCCCAGACCCCGGCGCCGCCCCAGCCGCCGCAGCCCCCGCCCGGCCCUGCCUCCGCCGCCGGCCCCGGCGCCGCGGGCUCCGCGCCAUCCCCGCCGCCCGCAGGCCCCGGUCCCGGUCCCGCGCUGCCCGCCGUGCGCCUCAGCCUCGUGCGCCUCGGGGAGCCCGACGGCGCCGGGACCGGGGAGCCACCCGCCACGCCCGCCGGGCUGGGUGCGGGAGGAGACCGCGUCUGCUUCAACUUGGGCCGCGAGCUCUAUUUCUACCCGGGCUGCUGCCGCCGCGGGAGCCAGCGGUCCAUUGACCUCAACAAGCCAAUUGACAAGCGGAUCUAUAAGGGCACCCAGCCCACCUGCCACGACUUCAACCAGUUCACUGCCGCCACGGAGACCAUCUCCCUGCUGGUGGGGUUCUCAGCCGGCCAGGUGCAGUAUCUGGAUCUCAUCAAGAAGGACACCAGCAAGCUAUUCAACGAAGAGCGGCUGAUUGACAAGACCAAGGUGACUUACCUGAAGUGGCUGCCCCAGUCCGAGAGCCUGUUCCUGGCCUCCCACGCCAGCGGCCACCUGUACCUGUACAACGUCAGCCACCCGUGCGCCUCGGCCCCGCCCCAGUACAGCCUGCUGAAGCAGGGCGAGGGCUUCGCCGUCUACGCUGCCAAGAGCAAGGCGCCCCGCAACCCACUGGCCAAGUGGGCGGUGGGCGAGGGGCCCCUCAACGAGUUCGCCUUCUCGCCCGACGGCCGGCACCUGGCCUGCGUGAGCCAGGAUGGCUGCCUGCGCGUCUUCCACUUCGACUCCAUGCUCCUGCGCGGGCUCAUGAAGAGCUACUUUGGGGGCCUGCUCUGCGUGUGCUGGAGCCCCGACGGGCGCUACGUCGUGACGGGCGGCGAGGAUGACCUGGUCACCGUGUGGUCCUUCACGGAGGGCCGGGUGGUGGCCCGCGGCCACGGCCACAAGUCCUGGGUCAACGCCGUGGCCUUCGACCCCUACACCACGAGGGCCGAGGAGGCCUCGGCGGCCAGCGGCGAUGGGGACCAGAGUGGCGAGGAGGAGGAGGAGGAGGAGGAGGAGCCCGAGGCCGGGGGCACGGGCGGGGGCGCCCCGCUCUCCCCACUGCCCAAAGCCGGCUCCAUCACCUACCGCUUCGGCUCGGCCGGCCAGGACACGCAGUUCUGCCUGUGGGACCUCACCGAAGACGUGCUCUACCCGCACCCGCCGCUGGCCCGCACCCGCACCCUCCCGGGCACGCCUGGCGCCACGCCGCCCGCCGCCGGCAGCAGCUCCCGGGGUGGCGAGCCCGGGCCCGGCCCCCUGCCCCGCUCUCUGUCUCGCUCCAACAGCCUCCCGCACCCCGCGGGCAGCGGCAAGGCGGGCGGCCCCAGCGCCACCCCGGAGCCCGGCACGCCCUUCAGCAUCGGCCGCUUUGCCACGCUCACGCUGCAGGAGCGGCGGGACCGGGGCGCGGAGAAGGAGCACAAGCGCUACCACAGCCUGGGCAACAUCAGCCGGGGCGGCGGCGGCGGCGGCGGCGGGGGCGGCGGGGACAAGCCCAGCGGCCCCGCGCCCCGCAGCCGCCUGGACCCGGCCAAGGUGCUGGGCACCGCGCUGUGCCCGCGCAUCCACGAGGUGCCGCUGCUCGAGCCCCUGGUGUGCAAGAAGAUCGCCCAGGAGCGGCUGACGGUCCUCCUGUUCCUGGAGGACUGCAUCAUCACCGCCUGCCAGGAGGGCCUCAUCUGCACCUGGGCCCGGCCGGGCAAGGCAUUCACAGAUGAGGAGUCCGAGGCCCAGACAGGGGAAGGAAGCUGGCCCAGGUCACCCAGCAAGUCAGUGGUAGAGGGCAUCUCCUCCCAACCAGGCAACUCCCCCAGCGGCACAGUGGUGUGAAGUCAUGGACGUCGGGGUCUCACGCCCCGCGCCCCAGCCUCCUAGCCGUAACCCUCCCUGCUGACCUCAUGGAUCAACGUAUUCACAAGACUAACCAUGACAGAUGGACUGCUCCGGUCCCCCGCCCUGCACAAAUUUGGGGGGGCAGAGGGUCCCCCAGACAUGGGGACUGCCAAGUACAAUGACCCCUUCCCCUGAAACGUCAGUGUUAGCUCAUCCCUGUCCCCAGCAUGUGACUGGUUGCUUCCCAGGAGACCCACUUCCACAGGCCCCUGCAGUGUCCAGUGGCCUCGGGGGCGGGCCGCCCACCCUGCUAUUGUUUGUGCUUUUGAAGAGUGUUAAAUUAUGGAAGCCCCUCGGGGCCCCUCCCUGGCCCCAAGACCUUUUAUUUAUACUAAAGUUCCCUGUUUUCACAGCGUCUGUUCCCUCUGCAGAGGUGUGGAGGGGUUGUGCGCGCAUCGCUGCAGGCUUAGAACCCGUCCAUUUUGACCACACGAAUACUGGGCCCUGCCUCCCCCAAACCGCCCCCUCUGCACCCCCUUUUAGUAGAAAAAAAACUAAGGAGGGAGGGGCAGCCCAAGGCACAUGGCUGGGGCACCCACCAGCCCCAGCGGGCCCUAUUGCCAGAACAGUGUCCCAAGGGCCCCCCAAGAUCUACAGGGAAGAGGGCUGCCAGGACCCCCUCGUCAGAGUCCUGAGCUGGAGUUUGCAGUUUGUGAAAGUGCCCAAAUUAUCCAUAUCAGGGACAUUCAGGAACCCAUCCACAUGGGGUCCCCCGGGCAGACCCCGAGUCUGAGCUGACUCGGCCAGACCCAGGUGUCCAGAGCCGGCUGGAGACCCUGCGACCCUCGGGAGAACUGUCCACCCUGGCGAGAACACACAACCCUCCUGGCUGGCCCGGAGGCGCAGGGAGUGGUGUCCCUGCACCGCCCUCCACCCCCCGAAAUGUUUCUAGUUCUAAUCCUAGCCCGGGCAGGAAUGUGGCUAUGCCGCCAGGGGCCAGCGAGCUAUUUUGGGGGCUCCCUGCCUCCCCCAUGCUUUGGCUAGCGGGUCACCCUGGCUCCUGGCUCCUGAGGGCCUCCCUUCUCUCACCACCCCUUCCCCACCUCCUGCCAAAAAAAGGUCAGCGCAGAGCAGAGGGCCUGCGGGCUAAAUUUAAACCAUCGGAAGCCUGAACCCGUGGCUGAGUCACCCGUGAAGCUGUCCUGGCCCCCGCCCCCCUUCCCAGGCCUCACCGGUCCCUCCUCCCCCCAAGUUCAGGGCUUGGGAGGGGUGUUUGCAUGCAACCUCGAUUGGCCCCCUCUGGGGAAUGGGAGGCUCCUCUUUGUCAUCUGUCACACCUGUGGCUUUUCGCUUGGCUUCGCCUUUUUAUGGAGGGGUGCGAGUUGACAUUCUCCACCCCCCAUGUCACACCGAAGCGCCUGAGGGGCCCUGGGAGGAGGGA